AUGCGGCCGCAUCUCAACUUCGAGCCCAACUUCGCCAGCAGCGGCCAAGUCGCCCUUGAAGGCGGGGAGAAGUCUGCCUACUCGGCCUACGCCACCACGCCGUACACACCGCACGCCCCGAUCGAUCGCUGUGAGCGCUCGCUGCACCACACCAACCGCAGCCACCAGUACUCCCGCGACGAGGACCACCACAAGCAAUGGUUUGUCACGCGAAACCCGCACCUCCGUGAGUGCUACUCGGAGUUCCUCGGCACCUUCGUCAUGAUCGCCUUCGGCAUGGGCGUCAACAACCAAGUCGUGCUCUCCGGAGAGAAAGAGGGGACCUGGCUCAGUAUCAACAUGGCGUGGGGGAUCGCCGUCCUCAUGGGCGUCUACUGCUCCGAAGGAGUGAGCGGCGCGCACAUGAACCCGUCCGUGACGCUGGCCCACGCCGUCUACGGCCGUCUCGCGUGGCGCAAGGUGCCGGGCUACGUGCUGUCGCAGUUCCUCGGAGCGUUCGUGGGCGCCGUCGCCAUCUACCUGCUCGACUACCAGCGUCUGUCGAAGGCCGACCCGGACAAGGAGACCAUGUACCACAACUUCGCGACGCACCCGAACCCGGAGAUCAGCAACCUCACGGCGUUCUACACGGAGGCGCUGGCCACGGGUAUGCUGCUGCUGUGCGUGUACGCCAUCACGGACCAACGCAACCGCUCGCCGGGCACGGUCGGCACGCCGUUCGCGUUCGCUCUGAUGAUCAUGGCGCUGGGCAUGAGCUUCGGCAUGAACACGGGGUACGCGAUGAAUCCGGCGCGCGACUUCGCUCCUCGUUUGUUCACGUUCUUCGCGGGGUACGGGUCGAAGGUGUUCACGGAGAACGGUUGCUACUUCUUGAUCCCGAUGUUCGCUCCGCUGAUCGGCGGCGUGCUGGGCGCUGGUGCGUACGAGUUGCUUGUGCAGGUGCAGCACCCGCACGACCCAGCGGAGUACUAACCUAAGGAGUACGGAGGGAGACACGAGUCAACGAGAAAGAAACAGCAAAGCCAACGGAUAGCUAGCUGACCCCUGCAAAUAGCUCGUACGCAUAGAUUUCAUCCACGUCAUGAACACGAACCACCUUAUUUUCUCAUCUU